UCAGAGCAAAGUUCCGAGCUUUUUCCCUUUGUUUGAAAUCUCUCCGGCGACGACUCCGACUCGUUCCAUCAAUCCAUUGACUUGACUUCCAAGCUUCCCUCCCUUCUUCUCUUCUCUCCAUUCCACACUGCACCAUCGCAGUGGAAGACGAAGAAGAAGGCGGAGGAGGAGACUGCCCAGAGGAGAAGCCUUCUUCACUUGAGUUGAGAGAUCACAUGGAGUCUGACGAUCGCCCACCUCCGUUGAAGGGCGUAGUGAUCAUCACUCUCCCGCCACCGGACAACCCUUCUCUGGGCAAGACCAUCACGGCCUUCACUGUCUCCGAUCCCGCCCUCCCCUCGAUUGCCCAUACCCCACAGACCCACAGUCCUGAACCUCGGAAUCAUCUCCCGGUUCACCUGCCGCAUAACCCUGCGAUCAGAUUCUCCCUCCGGAGGCUCCUCCUCGGGAACCCGAGAGCUAUUCUCGGCUUUCUCGGCAUCUCGCUCUUCGCCUUCAUCCUCUACUCCUCUGUCUUCUCGAGUGCCCUUCGGGAAUUGCGGGGUCGCGAGGACGAGGACGGGCCGAGGUCGUUCAUCUUCCCGCUGCUCCCGAAAUCAGGUAAUGGGGCUGUGUCGGGCGGGGACGUGGAGCUCAAGCUCGGGAGGUUUGUGGGGUUUGAAAGCCACCGGAGGAUUGCGGAGGCAAUUGGCGGGGGUUUAACAGAUGCCCGAGGGUCCAAGCUCAAUAAAUUGGCUGCUUCCAAGAACAAUAUGGCUGAUUCUUCUACGGUUUUGCCGGUUCGGGGUAAUGUGUAUCCUGACGGACUGUAUUACACUUAUAUGCUUGUGGGGAGUCCACCAAGACGGUAUCAUGUAGAUAUGGAUACCGGGAGCGACUUAACAUGGAUCCAGUGCGAUGCUCCAUGCACAAGCUGUGGCAAGGGUGCCAACCCUUUGUACAAGCCAAAAAGUAGCAAAAUACUUCCACCAAAGGACUCAUUGUGCAAAGAAGUUCAAAGGACUCAGACGACCGGAUACUGCCCAACAUGCCGGCAGUGUGACUAUGAGAUUGAAUAUGCAGAUCAUAGUUCCUCUAUGGGGGUUCUUGCAAGAGACGAACUUCAUCUAAGAGCUGCAAAUGGAUCGUUGGCCAAGUUGAAUGUUGUUUUCGGGUGUGCCUAUGACCAGCAAGGCCUGCUUCUGAAUACUCUUGCAAAGACAGAUGGCAUACUGGGUCUAAGUAGGUCCCCAGUAAGCUUGCCUUCUCAAUUGGCGAGCCUUGGUGUGAUUAAUAAUGUUGUAGGCCAUUGUCUCACCUCAGAUACCAUCGGAGGGGGCUAUAUGUUCUUGGGUGAUGACUUCGUACCUAACCGGGGCAUGUCAUGGAUACCUAUGCUCAACAGCCCUUCUGUGAACUUCUACCACUCAAACAUUGUGAGAAUGAAAUAUGGGAGCAGCCCCCUCAGUUUUGGUCAGCAGGAUGGAGAAGUUGGUCGGGUAGUCUUUGAUAGUGGGAGUUCUUAUACGUACUUCACUAAGCAAGCGUAUUCCCAUUUGGUUGCCUUGCUCGAAGAAGUCUUGGACUCGGGACUUGUUCAAGAUGCGUCCGAUCAUACAUUGCCCAUUUGCUGGAGAUCUGAGCUCCCUCUGAGGUCAGUGAAAGAUGUUAAGCAUUUCUUCAAGACUAUAACUCUUCAGUUUGGGAGCAGGUGGUGGAUUCUCUCCACAAAACUUCACAUUCCUCCAGAAGGCUAUUUGAUCAUUAGUAACAAAGGCAAUGUGUGCUUGGGUAUCCUUGAUGGCAGUGAAGUGCUCAAUGGAUCCACCACUGUAAUUGGAGAUAUAUCGUUGCGGGGGAAACUGGUUGUGUACAAUAACGUGAACGAGAGAAUCGGUUGGGCGCAUUCAGAUUGUAUCAAGCCCCAGAGGUACAAGACACCGCUCUUCUCCACGUGAUCAGAAUUUUUCUAUUUAGUUCACAUGCAUAUAAAGAUGUAUCUCUCCGCUUUGUGAAUAACCCUUUUCUUCAUCCCACUCUAUCCCCUCUUCUGCUGAAAUCGCAGUAACUUACCAGCUAUAUUACUUUAUCAAACGUAUACCUACCAUGGUUUUUCGUAAUGCGUACACUAUAUUGACUUGCCUGUUGGCAUGUAAUUUUACAUCCUCGUGCCUGGCUGGCUAUAUAUACGAGAACUUUUUGUUGUGAUUA